AAAACACGUUUGCACUUCUGUUGCUUCUGUGUUCGCACGGCCGGCCACAGCAGCUGAUCGACGGGCGCGCAGUCGUUUCCAGCUGUAACAAAAUAGCGGAAAGAAUUUGUCCACGAAGCAGCUAUGGACGGCAAGAACUGCGUGGUCAUACCAGACAACUUUCCCGGCUACAGCACCGAACUUUUUUGUAUUCCGAAGCAUUACCAAGAUGAUGUCGAGUGUGUCUUCCUCCCGUGUGGACUUGUUCAAGACAGGAUAGAACGAAUGGCCCAAGACAUUGUUUUGCACUACCACGACAAACCAUUCCGGGCACUGUGUGUCCUCAAAGGAGGCUAUCGCUUCUUUGCCGACAUGCUCGACAGAGUGCGCCACUACUACCACUUCAACCAGUACUCGACACCGUUCUCCACAGACUUCAUCAGAGUCAGAAGUUAUGUGAAUGACAAGUCAACUGGUGAAGUAACUGUCAUGGGACUGGACAGCAUGGAAGCACUCAAGGGACAGAAUAUCCUGAUUGUUGAAGACAUCAUCGAAACUGGGAAAACAAUGGCUGCUCUUGUGGAUUACCUUAAGGCUUUUGAACCUAAAGAAGUCAAGGUCUCCAGCUUGUUUGUCAAGAGGAGCCCAAGGAGUUCUGGCUACAAGCCAGAUUACUGUGGCUUCGAAUUACCUGACAAGUUCGUUGUUGGCUAUGCACUGGAUUACAAUGACCAUUUUCGUGAUCUAAGUCAUGUGUGCAUCAUAAGCAGCCAAGGCAGAAAGAAGUAUGCCGAGGCACGGUCCUAACACCCGUGGUUGUCAUCGGCCCACUAUCCGUUGAUCAGAAGUACGUUAUUGUCUGCAGUAGUCUCUUAUUGAGACGCAGUAUUGACUGAGUGUUUAUAGUUCAGUUUCAUGGAAGACAAACUAUUUAGUGUACUGGUGUGCUCUUAGGGCUGCACCUAGCUUACUCAUGUGCUUCGUUUGCUUUCACCCGCGUGCUCGCGCCAUUUAACAGCAUGCAUUCCAUGAGAUGUGCAUUCUGUUGUGAUGUGAGGUGCAGUGUCUUACACCUUCGGAAGAAAAUUGCACUUCUUCAGAAAGCCGGUGAUAUUGUGCAACUGCCAAUGCAGUGCUCAUGUGGCUAUUGCUACCGAUUACUGUCGAUUGUUUUGCGGCGGAAACCACCAAAAAUGUAUGUACCUCGCAUACCGGGUAUUAUUUUCGUAAAAUAAAUACGUUUUUGCAAGAAC